AAAAUAAUUACAGCGUUUUUGUUUAUAUAUGUGUGUGUGUGUGUGUGUGUGUAUAUAUAUUCACAGGGAAAAUUAAGUGAAUUUAUUCUUGCUGUAUAAAGAUUUGGAUUCUAUGCGGCGGUUACUUUACAACGAUGGAAACAGAGACAAAAUCAAAAUCCCAUCACCGGAAAAGACGAGAGAGAGCUCAAAAGAUACUGAUAGAGCCAAGUGAUUCGGAACUCGAGUGUGAACGUGAGGGGAACGGGCUGUCCCCUUUCAAGGACCACAAACAUCGCAUCAGAUCAAAACCUAGGAAAAAGAAAAGUGCUAGUUCCUUUGACGAAGAUAUCAUUGAUGGAUUUGCAAUCGUUAGUUUCAAGACAGUCGAGGAUUUAGAGAAAUACACAAGCGGGAAGCUGACCAACAGGUCAGGGGAAGAUAAGUGCUGGGAAAAGAACAAGACAAAUAACUCCAUCUCCCCUGCACAGAACAAGUUCCGCAAAGCAUUCAGUGAAGUGAAGAAAUCUAAUCAGGCUGUUAGCCGUCUCCAGCAGAACAAGAAGAGGUCAAGCGUGAAGCGUCUCAACGAGGAAGGGUCCAGCGGGGAGACCACAGACAACCUUGACCUUGAUGAUAACCUCCUGCCUAGGAAGGCCAUCUCGAGGAGAUACAGCGAUGUGAGCACAAGGUCAAGUUCAGGGGCUGGAUACUUAUGUGAUAGUGAAAGUGGGGAUGAUAGGGCAUCUGAUGCUAGUCUUGAUAUCUUCAAACCGGUUGUCUUGAACAGUGUUAAUUGUGCAGUUGAACCCAUACUGCCCGUGUCACAUCCUCCAGUCUCCACCCACAGUGAAACCAUCACAACGUCAACUCACAUCACUACAACUACAGUCUGUGAUGUAAGUGUGACCUCAUCAAUUGUUACAGCCCCAAGGAGUUGUGUCGCCUUGCCAAACUGCACCUUAACAACAUCUUCCAUCUCUAAGGCUGCCAAUCGUAUGCCAGUGACUCUGUCCUCACCCCACCAUAGUCAGAAUCAGCAUCAUAAAGCAAAUACCCAGGAAGCUCGUCAGCAACUUCCACCUAGUCCUCACUUCCAUCAUCAUCCUCAACAGCAGCAUCAUCAUGAACAUAAGCUGCAACAAGCUGAAAAGUCUACUUUAAACCAGUAUUUAGGUCAACAGGCUAUUGACAGAAAACAUACUCAUCACCAUAACAACCACCAGAACUUGUCUGUAACCAAAAGCAGCAAAGAACGAGACAUUCGCCAUAAUCAUAUUGUGAACAGCCCACUGUCUGUGAUCAAGAGAAGACCUUCACCACCACCCCUUACAAAAACUACAAGAUCGUCUUCACCAGCAAACAAAAGUGUUCACCACCCACUUGCUGUCUCAUUAGCGCAGACUACCGUUACAGUCUCCACUGGUUCAACAACUAGUGCCAAUCUUUAUCGAAGUGAUUCCCGCAGACCCUCGCCUGCUCUUUCUCAUUCCACCCAGAGUCGUGAUAGGAGUCGGGAGAGAGAGGUGUACCAAGUGCCGCCUCUUAGCGUCAGUGCUGCUUCCAAACCCCAUUUUUCUGCUGGUCCAACCAGCCAUGGCCAGGCAACGCCAAACUCCAGCCUAUGCAACUCGUUAACCAGCUCUAAUCUCGGGUUAUUUCCCCUUCACGGGACGUCCAGUCAGACAAGCCCGUUUACUGCACCGCCGGUACCCAGUCUGUCGGGACUCCAGCACCCAUUCCACCACCAGACAUCGCCCCUGCACCAACACGCCAUGUUUGCCUCGCCCCUGCCUCAGGGCUUGCACUCAGUGCCCCUCCCUGGGGGGCUGGGCAUGUCCUCAGCCACUCAGCUUCCAGAGUCACUUGCAAGUCCAGAUCUGUUGCGGGAUGAACUGAACCGGCGCUUCCUGAUCUCACAAGAACGCUCUUUGCUAAGCAGUAUGCCGCCAUUGCUAAGGGCAGACAUCCACCAACAUAUGCACCAGCACCAGCACAUGCAUCAACACCAGCACACUUACCAGGGUGGAAUGCCCCCAUCUCCGAUCUCCACUCCAGCCCUCAUACCCACAGCGUUAGGCAACCCGUUUGACAAGUUGCCAACCAAUCCCUUCUUGCGACAAGGGUUGCCCGCUCGCCCACCCGGGAUAGCAGAGCCUGCCCCACGUCUCCUCACAUCGACUAAAGAUAAGCCUCUAGGGCACCCACACCCCUCCCUUAGCUCCGCGAUGGCAGGCCUGCCUGGCUACCCUCCACCCAUGACUGACGCCCUCCAGUCAGGUAUACCAGGGGCAUUCCAGCCUAAGGGUCUAUCUGGUGUCCACCCUGGUCUUGGCCCACUGUUCAUACCCGGGCGUGAACUGGAGAAGGCAGGGGGCUCCCACAUUCCAGCAGCCAUUCCUACCCUGCCCACCACUGCCAAGAAGCCAGGCAAGUGGUGUGCAGUACACGUGCGAAUAGCGUGGGAGAUCUACAGGAACCAACAAAAGUCCUCUGACAAGCCCAACCUAGACUCCAAGGAACUGUUGCGUCCUCCUAGUCACCUCCAUCCGGUCUCCAGCCUGUCAAGGGCCCCUGACCUCCAGGGCGGGGCUGCCUCCUCCCUUCUGGGGGGCCCUCCUGGUAGACCCCUACUGGAGUCAAGUCCCAACAGCCAUCUGUCGUCAUCAUUCCCUCGUCCAUCCCCAUACGCUAUCAGCAGUAGUAGCAGCAGCCUCAGUAGUAACCUGGGUCUGGGAACUGUAGGCCUGCCAUCAUCCAGCCGGGAUCUGGGAGCAGGUUUGGGCAACCCAGACUGGCCCCGGAUUCACCGUACACCUCCCACUUUCCCGCCGGGCAUGUGGGGUUGCCCGGAUGAGCGGGAGAAGGAGCUGGAGCGGGAACGAGAGAUUGCCCUGGAGCGGAGAAGGGAAGAGGAAAAUAGAGAAAGAAGGAUGUUCGACAAUGAUCGCCAUAGAUACUCUAGUUUUGACGAUCGAAGUCGAGAGAGGGACAGACGGGAAAGUGAGUUGCUGGGCAAGUCUAGGUCUCGGUCACGGUCUCCAAUGAGGAAUGGAAGGGACUCUGUGAAAUCAGACAGGAGUUACGACAGGAAACAGGAGGAAAAUAGUGUGCUAAAAGUGAAGGAAGAACGCAGGGAAAGCUUGACUAGAGAGGAAGAGCAUAAUAGUAUUCUUGGUGAACGUGAACGUAUGAGGAAAAAUGAACUUCUAGGGCAGACCAGUUUACGGGUGCCGGACAUUUUUAUGCAGGCUAGCCUGAUGGACCGGGCCCGCAUGAUGACGCCGUCUAUGCUUGGCAUGGAUCGUGUUCCCCCACACCCUGCAGUGUGGAGUAACCUAUUUGAUAAGGGGCCCAUGGAUUUCCAGAACCAUCGCCUAAGUUUUCAGCGGGAAAUGGAGCAGGCGCGAGACCACCUGUUUGGACGCUACCCAGGGCCCACUGGCAUUCCCCUGGGCUUCCCCCCAGGAUUGUCUCACUUUGAACAGGAACGCUUCAAGGACGAAAUGUACUUCCGUGAGAAAAAGGAGUACAUGGAUAGAUUGCCUGUUUAUGAAAGGGAAAGACUAUUUUAUGACAAUAAACUGCCCCCAGGUUUGAGACCUCAAGAUCAUUUACAUCCUUCCAUGGCUCACAGUUAUGCCCACACAAUGAACACAGCCUUGCAUACUCAUGUCAAGCGCAGCUCCCCGGCAGUGGUUCCUGGUGCACCGCCACCUUUAAUACACAAUCAUGUCCCCCACCCCAGGGGGCAUAGCUCUCCGGCAGUGAACAAAACAAAAGGGGUCAGCCCCAUAGACUCUGUGGGGGAGAGCAAAAGGGACUCAAACUCAAACUCUACUGACCCUGAAGCCCAUUCCAGGUAGUGAUACCACAAAGGGUCAAGGUCAAAAGGUCGAGGACUUUUAGUGUCAGGUUGAACUACUGACACGAACAAAGCAUUGAUCUUUCUUAUGUGAUACAAUUUCUUGCAAUACAGAUUUGUUAGUUAUUAAAAUGAUUUUAAAGAACAAUAUUUAGAAAUGUGUUGCAUAUCAGGGUGAUGAAAUAAUUGAAGAUUUUUAUUUUUCUGUGUACCACAUUAUGUUUGCUAUUCUGCAAGUAUAAAUAUACACUGUUUGUGUAUUAUUAUGUCUUAUUGCAAUGCUUACAAAGCUUGAGUGCAUAUUGUGUUUUCGUUAUGCUAGUAUUAAUGCAACACAAAUGUUCAAAUAGUGAGCUGUUUUUAUGGCUAGUGUUCAUUAAUUUGGUGAUCUCAGCCAGUGUUUCAUUGUCUUUCAAAGUUCUCCCCCUUCAUUGUCAGGAUUAAUUAGACAUUUAUCACACUUUUAUAAUGCUAUUAUGUGACUCUUUUCAAUAUGAUGUCAUGUUACAUGUGUAAUUUUUUUAAUUAACAGGAGCAAAUACUUACUAAAACAGACAGUAAUUUAUCAAAUAUUGUAAAGUUAAAAGAGGUGUCUGGUUAUUUUGUAUUUGUGAAUGCAAAUGCAGACUUACAUUUCAUCAGCCUGUUUGUUAGAUUCUCUUAAUUAUAUGUCAACAGACACACAUAUCCCAAUACUGUAAUUUAAAAUAACAGAAUAGGGCGUUACAUUUUGAUUUUCUUAUUUGAUUUUCUCUGGCAUCAGUUAAUGUAGACUGUUUUUUUAGGAUGUUCAUUCUUUUUCUACAAAUGCAUUGAAUGGUAUAAAUUAGUAUCGAUAAAUUAUGAUUGAUUUAUGCAUAUUUAUUAAUUUAGUACUUUACAUUUAUGUUUGCCAAUUCUGUUUUUCAAACUGCAAAGUGCUGUUACCAGUAACUUUGCUUUUGAACUUUGUUCUCUCUUACACUGCACAACAUGUUUAGUUCAAGAGAACAAGCCUUGAAACAUUGAAAUCCGAGUCGCAUCAUGAGAAAUGGCCUUAUGCCAUGUACGGUCAGUCCAGAUCCAGCCAAGCCUGCUCAAUCGCGCAGUCUGGUCAGGAGCUAGGCUGUCACCUACUAGGUCACUCAAGGUUUGGUGGUCUCAUUAGUGGACAUAGUAGUUCCUGACCCCACAUUGUGGAUGCGCAGGCUGGUGUUAAGCUACGUUGGCUGUUAAUAGGAUGACACCCACUUUCCAUAGCGCUGGUCAUAUUAUAUGUUUGAUUCCUGGUCUUGAAUAACUAGUGCUAAAGAUACUUUUGUUUAACAUAAAAAAAAUCAAACAGUAGUAAAGAAUAUAAUUAUACUGGAUUCCAUUCACUCUGCAUUCUGAAAUGUUGGUCCUUGUUUUGCAAAUUUUAGUAGUAUGCAAUUUUAAUGCUUUUGCAUAAUUUUUUGUUGUUACAGAUUGCAAUGUGAAAUAUUGUGCUUAGCAGUAUGUUAAAAUUAAAAAUAAAGAACUAAGAACAUAAAUUUAUCCUUUUUUUCAAUUACUUUGAUUUAGCGCUCAAUAAAACUGUUUAACAUCAUGAUAAUGAUAGAAAUUAUAAUUAAUACAAAUUUACAUGCAAAUAUUCGCAGCAAUUCUUGCUGUGCAAUGAAUUUUAUGUUACAUUUUCAUAUAAAAACCUUUCUUAUAUAGUUUACUGUUUGAAAUUUUUAUUUGGUGUUAAUUUUAAAUUCACUCAAGUUUAUUGGCUCAAACUGUAGUAGAUAAAUUAUUUGUAAAAAGCUGACAUCUUAAGGAAAAGAUUUAUAUAAUCCUGUUUAUGAUUUGAGAAGAAUGAAAUGGGAUAAAAUGGUUAUGGACUCUAAUAUAACAAUGAAUAAGCUGGUAUGUACCAGCAUUGAGAAUGUUAUUUGUACAAUAACCUUAUGUUUCUGCACAAUAAUGUAUGCAAGUGUGUUCAUCAUUAACACUCAUAGCAAGUUAUUUCAUUUGUAUAUUAUGAUUGUAUAUAGCUCCUUGAGAAGUGUGAUUUAUGCUGUCCUAGCAUAGCUAUAAAUUAGUAGAGUGUUCUUUUCAUGACUUGCACUUGACAUAUUGAAAUAAAUUGUAAAACUA